AAGUGAAACACAUCAUCUUAAUUCUACGUCAAAGUCAAAGUGUGCUAUUGGCCAGGACGAGAAAUGAACAUGGCCAUCGAUCCAGAAACAUCAAACUCGUCACGUGUCUGGACUCCAACUUUGAAUGGAAAAGCAACUUCAAACAUUCGCCGGAAUUGAUCAGAUCAAUUUGUCAAACAUAUAAUCAAAAUUGAGUAAUAUAUAUUACUACGUAAUAAGAACAGCCUUUUGAUAUGUGAUUAAAUUCCUCAAUAGUACUGUGAAGGACUGGUAUUUAAUUUGGACAAACUAAUAUAGAUAGAUCAUUACAAGAGUUGAAGAUCGAAGAAAAAGAAGGGAAAUGGGGGGAGAGAGUGCGGCAUGCUUUGUACCAUUCAAUGAUAGGAAUUUGGAUCUGAGCUUCUUCAUAUUGAGGCCAACCAUAGUAAUGGUGGAUCAUCUCCUCGCCGCUCUCAAGCAAUUCUCCUCUUCUGCUCACUCUCUUGGUUGCAUUCACAGCUCUGUUUUUAAGAGCAUCCAUGGCAGUCUGAUUGUAUGGUAUGGAGCAUGGGUAAAGAGAUGAUCCAUUUUAUUUGUCCUUAUUUGUGUAGAUUGUAUGGUAUGGAGCAUGGGUAAAGAGAUGAUCCAUUUUAUUUGUCCUUAUUUGUGUAGAUUGUAUGGUAUGGAGCAUGGGUAAAGAGACCGUAUAACAAUGGUAGAGAAUUACUAAAUGCUUCUCUUCUAUCAAGGUUAAGAAAUGACGUAUCAAGCAUGGCCAUACUCUUAGAGCAUGGUUUCUAUGACGCCUAUGCCGGAGAAGCCAGGGACGGCACCCUAGCAGCAAAAUUCUUCACCGGGGACACCAUCUCCCUGCAUACAAUCUCCUUCUCAACAUGUGACAAUGAAGAUGAUACAAACAUAAUAAUGAGUGAUUUCUCCUAUGCAUGUUUGGCCAUAUUUAAAGACAGGUUCAUAAAAAUGGGCGGCGCCAAAGCAGGGGCUUGCCUCAAGUCCGCUAGGUUAUCCAAGGUUUGCGCAAUGUUUGUUUGGAGGUCUUUGCAGAGCUGCUAUUCUUACAUCCUCAGUGACGAUUAUAGGACUAGUAUUUUGCCUUACCUUGAUGGGUUUUCGAUCGACAUUAAGUAUGAUAUCUUCAGGGUUGUGUUUGUAAGUGAUGAUAAUAGUAGUGCAUUGAACAAUCAAUUUUUCCCACCUCCACGUUUGAUGUUACAUAGCAAAUCAAUGGAUAAGGUUGUUCCAGAUUCCAACAAGAUUAGAGACUAUGAUGUAUAAAGUGUAUAUAAUGUUUUGUUGUGGUAAUUAACAAACGGUCUGUGGCCACAACGGUUAACUUGUAUGUGUUUUGCUAAGGAUAAAGAAGUUCUAGAGAUAGUGUGUGCGAGGACUUAGGAAUGCAAGUCCUACCUAGGAAAUGUUAGUUUGAACCAUGAUAAUCUACAUAUAUGAAUCAAC